CCUUGCCGAGGCCGCAGCCUGAGAGCCUUUAAAGCCGGAGCCCCGCGCUGCUUUUCCAGAUUCUCGGACCUCGGCGACCUCCGGGGAUCCGAGUUUGCAGACUACGUGUGCGUGCGCAGCUAGCCACCUCAGGUGUUUGAACCAUGACCCCUUUACUCCUCCUGGCUGUCCUCUGCUUGGGAACAGCCUUAGCCACUCCAAAAUUUGAUCAAACGUUUAAUGCACAGUGGCACCAGUGGAAGUCCACACACAGAAGGCUGUAUGGCACGAAUGAGGAAGAGUGGAGGAGAGCAGUGUGGGAGAAGAACAUGAGGAUGAUCCAGCUACACAAUGGGGAGUACAGCAACGGGAAGCACGGAUUUACCAUGGAGAUGAACGCCUUCGGUGACAUGACCAAUGAGGAAUUCAGGCAGAUAGUGAAUGGCUAUCGCCACCAGAAGCACAAGAAGGGAAGGUUAUUUCAGGAACCUCUGAUGCUGCAGAUCCCCAAGACUGUGGACUGGAGAGAAAAGGGUUGUGUGACUCCUGUGAAGAAUCAGGGCCAGUGUGGUUCUUGCUGGGCUUUUAGCGCAUCGGGUUGCCUAGAAGGACAGAUGUUCCUUAAGACUGGCAAACUGAUCUCACUGAGUGAACAGAACCUUGUGGACUGUUCUCACGAUCAAGGCAAUCAGGGCUGUAAUGGAGGCCUGAUGGAUUUUGCUUUCCAGUACAUUAAGGAAAAUGGAGGUCUGGACUCAGAGGAGUCUUAUCCCUAUGAAGCAAAGGACGGAUCUUGUAAAUACAGAGCCGAGUACGCUGUGGCUAACGACACAGGGUUUGUGGAUAUCCCUCAGCAAGAGAAAGCCCUCAUGAAGGCUGUAGCGACGGUGGGGCCUAUUUCUGUCGCCAUGGAUGCAAGCCAUCCGUCUCUCCAGUUCUAUAGUUCAGGCAUCUACUAUGAACCCAACUGUAGCAGCAAGGACCUCGACCAUGGGGUUCUGGUGGUCGGCUAUGGAUUUGAAGGAACAGAUUCAAAUAAGAAUAAAUACUGGCUUGUCAAGAACAGCUGGGGUGAAGAAUGGGGUAUGGGUGGCUACAUCAAAAUAGCCAAAGACCGGAACAACCACUGCGGACUUGCCACCGCAGCCAGCUAUCCUAUCGUGAAUUGAUGGACAGCGAUAAUAAGGACUUACGGACACUACAUCCGAAGGAGUUCAUCUUAAAACUGACCAAACCCGUCUUUGAGUGAGACCAUGGUACUUGAAUCGUUCAGGAUCCAAGUCACGAUUUAAAUUCUGUUGACAUUUUUACAUGGGUUAAAUGUUACCACUACUUAAAACUCCUGUUAUAAACAGCUUUAUAAUAUUGGACACUUAAUGCUUAAUUCUGAGUCUGGAAUAUUUGUUUUAUAAAAGUUGUAUAAAACUUUCUUUACCUUUUAAAAAUAAAUUUUAGCUCAGUGCAUGUGUGUGUGUGUAUGGGUUAGGGGAACUUCCCGUGUGAAAUGUGUUCACAAAUGUUUGAGACUAAAGACUGAUUCCAGAUGUCCGGACUGAUUCAGGUAUCAGUGGUAGAGCUGGGGAAAGGUGACAGGUGCUCUGGAUGGAGCCUUCUGAUUUUACCUCAGCGUCCUGUCAGGUUAGGUAUGUGUAAGUGAAUCUAGCUUAUGGGGUAAUUGUUUUUUCUUUAUUUGUGUGAGUAUGUGUGUGUGGAGGUCAGAGAACAACUCAUUUCGACAGUGUUGGUCCUAUCGAUCAAAAUCAGGUUGUCAGGCUGGACCACAGGUGCCUUUUACUACUGAGGUAUCUUGCCAGCACCACUGGUUUUAACUGACGUAUAAUUAUAUAUGUUUAUUUAGUACAAUAUAAUGUGUUGUCAUAUGUGUAUACUAUGAAAUGAUCUGAUAGUUCACCUCAAAUAUUUUAUUACUUUGUUGAACUUUUCUAGCUGUUUCUAAAAUACACAGUAUAUUAUCAUUGGGACCUGUCUUGUUAAUGUAGCCCAGGCUGGCCUUAAGCCCAUAAUCUUCCUUCUCAGCCUUCUGUGGGCUAAGAUAAAAAAAA